GUCCGCACCGACUCAACAACAUAACACCCGUAUAUCUCGCGCGCCGGACUUUUUUUUCAACAGUCGUUUUUCAUCCCACGAGAUCCGGGUUCGAGUGACCAUGUUCGUAAUUGCUCUGUGAUUUGGAACUUUUUUCAUUUUGACGUUCUUCUUGGUGUUUUGACGUCCACUGGAACAACAUGGGGGUACUUUGGAGGCUGUGCCUUCUGUCGAUGAUCGCGCUGUUGCCGCUACCGGCAAGCUCGAAGUCGCGCCACCACUUCUACAACAUCACCGCUUACACAAGGAACCUCCCGGAAGAUUUGAGGCCUACCGUUUUGAGGGCCUUGGAGGCCGAAAGGAGCGAGGUUAAUCCGGAUUGCCGCGAGCAGGACGACGCGCCUUGCCCGCCCAACAAAUUUAGGCAACCCGAUGGGCAUUGCAACAACGUCAGGCACUCUAGAUGGGGCAGCAGGGGCUCAGCCUUCCUGAGGCUGUUACCUCCGAGUUAUUCAGAUGGCAAAACGCAGCCGAGGCAAUCCAACUCCAACCACGCUCUGCCCAGCCCUCUGGACGUGGCUUCCACCCUUCAAACCAUCCCAUCGAGAAACCACGAGUCCGUUACGGCUCUUCUCGGCGCCUGGAGCGAGCUGCUGCUCCACGAUCUGGCCAGCACCGGCAACCUCAAGAGCCAGGAUUGCUGCAGCGACGAGGCCAAAACUCACGGGGAAUGCUACGGGAAGUUGAGCAACGGCCAGUGCAGAGAGUACAUGAGGACUCUGCCGGCUGUGGAUAGCGAUUCUUGUAAAUUCAAUUACCGCAACCAGAUGAACUUGGCUACCUCUCACCUGGACGGUUCGGCCCUUUAUGGGAACACUGAUCAGCAACUGGAACGGCUUAGAACUUACGACGCCGGUUUGGUGAACGUUUCGGUGUGCCAACCGUGCCAAAGUAACGCCUUGUACAGCGCCAUCCUCAAGGAGCACAACAGAAUCGCGGUUAAUUUGGCACAACUCAACCGACACUGGGACGACGAGACGUUGUUCUUCGAAAGUCGCAGAAUCGUGGCCGCGGAAAUCCAGCACAUAACCUACAACGAGUUUUUACCGACAGUGCUCGGAGAAGAGUCUGUGACCCACUCGGAACUGGAGUUGAAGCACCACGGUCGCUACUCGAAGUACUCGAGCCAUAAAAGAGCAGGGGUGUACAACGAAGUGGCCAUGAGCGGCUUCCCCGCUCUACUGUCGAUGAUACCGACCAGUUUGGCCAACCAAACCGCCGAAUCGUUCGCCGAUAUGAUCGAUGUUCUGAUCACCACCCCGGCGCAAGUGCCUAGUACUCAUAUGAUGGUGAGUUUGCGUUCCGAUUGGGACACAGCCGCGUUGUUCUUGCACAUGGGGCGCGACCACGGCAUACCCCCGUACCCUCAGUGGGUUCAGUACUGCUCCAACUUGACGCACACCCACAAACUCAACUUCGAAUUCGAAGACUUGAAACUCGUCGGCAUCAAGCAGGAGUACAUGAAAGCUUUGAAGUACUUGUACAGGAACACCGAGGAUAUAGACCUUCUGGCGGGCGUUCUGUUGGAAAACCCCAUUCCCGGGGCUGUUGUAGGGCCCACUUUAAGGUGUCUCUUGAAGAAACAGUUCAGUUUGUUGAAGGAAUCCGACAGGUUUUGGUACGAGAACGAUUUACCCCCCAGCAGUCUCACAACCGAGCAGCUAAAGGAGAUCAAGAAGAUCACGGUGGCUGGACUACUGUGCGCCAACACAGACGACCUGGAUAAAAUUCAACCCAAGGCUUUCGUACAGGAAGACCCCUACCUCAACGCACGUAUCUCCUGCGAUCAACAUCCGCUUCCGCAGCUGGCAGAGUGGGUUGAAAUGGACCACAUGACGGACCUAACUGAGGAUUUGUUGAUGGAAGCCGUCUCCAAAGGAGUGCAAGAAGUUCUGGACAGAAGAAAGGUCGAAUACAUGGCGUGGAGUAAAUACGGUGGGGUGGACCCCAAAUCCCCUGGAGGUACCGCCGCCUCGUUCAGCAAGGCCAACAAGCAAGCUUUACAGCUGGCAAACUCCUCCCUACUCUUUGAGUUCGCUUCCAAUGAGAUUGUGAACUCCUUGAUGCACAAGAGAAGGAGGAGGCAGAUUUUCGACAACAACGUUUUGUCGUCGGUUUUCAGGGACGAGAUAACCGACGGUCUCCAACACGUCGACAUAACCUCGUUAAUUCCGCCGGAAACCUUCGAAGGCGAUAACAAGUGCGACGAGUUGGGUCCGUGCGACCCCUCAACCCCGUACAGAACUUACACCGGGCAUUGCAACAAUUUACGCAACCCUUCGUUCGGUAAAAGCCUGCAGGUCUUCACCAGGUUGCUUCCCAGUGUGUACGAGGACGGUAUUUCGAAACCCAGACUCACUGGGGCGACGGGGGCUCUCCUACCCAACCCCAGAACCAUUUCCACAGUGGUGCACCCCGAUAUUAGCAAUUUGCACAAUCGCUACACUUUGAUGACGAUGCAGUUCGCUCAAUUCGUCGAUCACGAUCUCACGAUGACGCCGAUUCAUAAGGGUUUUCACGAAAGUAUCCCGGAUUGUAGAUCCUGCGACAGUCCCAGAACUGUGCACCCCGAGUGCAACCCCUUUCCAAUCCCAGCCGGGGAUCAUUACUACCCCGAAGUUAAUAUAACAUCGGGGCAGAGAAUGUGCUUCCCUUCCAUGAGGAGUCUACCCGGUCAGCUCAAAUUGGGACCGAGGGAACAAGUCAACCAAAAUACGGCCUUUCUUGAUGGCUCGAUGAUCUACGGAGAAAACCCUUGCGUCAUCAACGGUUUGAAAGGGCAGAGCGGUGAAAUGAACUACACUAAACACCCUAUAAGAGGCAAACACUUACUCCCAAGAACUGACACUCACCCUGAGUGCAAAUCAGAGUCGGGGUACUGCUUUAUAGCCGGCGAUGGAAGAGCCAGCGAGCAACCUGGAUUAACUGCGAUUCACACGAUAUUCAUGCGGGAGCACAACAGAAUCUCCAACGUGCUAAAGCAAAUAAACCCGCACUGGAACGAGGAGAAAAUCUUCGAGCAAUCCAGAAGAAUCGUUGUGGCCGAAUUCCAACACAUCUCGUACAACGAAUUCCUCCCGAGACUUCUGAGUUGGAACGCCAUGAACCUCUACGGGCUCAAACUAUUACCCCAAGGCUACUACAGAGAGUACAACCCGUCGUGCAACCCCGGCAUAUUCACCGAAUUCGGCGCCGCAGCCUUCCGAAUCGGCCACUCGCUGCUGAGACCGCACAUACCGAGGGUCAGCGAGACGUAUCAGAUCGUAGACCCCCCAAUACUGCUCAGAGAUGGGUUCUUCAAGACGGACAUUAUGAUGCGAGCCGGUAUGAUCGACGAAAUCAGCCGAGGUUUGGUAUCGACGCCCAUGGAAACGCUCGACCAGUUCAUCACCGGGGAGGUGACAAACCACCUGUUCGAGAACAAGAAGAUCCCGUUCUCCGGGGUGGAUCUGAUUGCCUUGAACAUACAGAGAGCCAGAGACCACGGCAUACCCUCCUACAACAACUACAGGGCGUUGUGCAACUUAAAACGUGCCACCACGUUCGAGGAUUUGGCCAGGGAGAUCCCGCCGGAGGUGAUAGCGCGAUUCAAGCGGAUCUACGCUACCGUAGACGAUAUCGAUCUCUUCCCGGGGGGGAUGAGCGAGAGACCGCUGCAGGGGGGCUUGGUGGGUCCGACGUUCGCCUGCAUCAUAGCCACGCAGUUCAGGCAGCUGCGCAAGUGCGACAGGCACUGGUACGAGAACGAAGACUCGGCGGUGCGUUUCGCGGAGCCGCAGCUCGCUGAAAUCCGCAAGAUCACGCUGGGGAAGGUGAUUUGCGACAACAUGGACGGCCCGGCCGAGAUGCAGCGCGCCGCCUUCGACCUGCCGUCGAACUUCUUGAACCCCAGGAUCCCCUGCGAGUCGCAUCCGGCCAUCGAUUUGUCGGCGUGGCGGGAGCACACCAGCAACGGGUGCGUUAUAGGGGACCGCCACGUGCAAGUCGGGCGCAAUAGCUUCCCCAGCCCUUGCACCAGCUGCGUCUGCACAAACGAAGGCGGUAACUGCGCAUCCCUGAGAGUCACGGACUGCAACCAGCUGCUGCGCGAGUGGUCCAAGGAGGCCAUCUUGCGGGAUGACGUGUGCACCGCGCAGUGCGGUUUCUUAUUGGGCAACGACGGUUUUCAGAGCAGGCCUACCAACCUGCAGACGGACUUGAGACCGCCUCCGGCGCACGUGAGGGCGCGACAGUUGAACAACUUCAACCGUCAGUUCGGGGGAUUCCCGCAAGGGUUCAGUUUCCCCGAUUUGUCGCCGUUCAUCGCGAAGUAAAGUUUGGACACUAUUUUUUAGUUGAUGUGCUUAAAUUAUUAUUAAAUUUUGUUAUCUAAGUAUUUAAGGAUAUUACCAUAAUGUUUUUGCUCAGUUCUAGCAGUGUAUAUAUUUUGAAAGUUGGAUCUCUUAAAGUUAUUUUCAAAAUCGCGCGCCAAUUUUUAGACUUCGGUUUAUUUUUUCCCUAGAGCAUAUACUACAAAUAAUAUUACUACAAUUAUGUACGUAUGCUCUAAGGUAUAUUUGUAAAUAUUAUGUAUUUUAAUUUUAGGAUGCGAAUUUACGCAAAACUAUCAUAAAAAAUGAAUAUUGAAUAAUUA